AGACAGCCAUAAUUAAACGCACUCACCUUAUCGAUUUACUGCGCUGUUCCGCGAGAUACAAUGACAACCAUAGAGUAGUACGCUAAGACUGACGUUUCGUAUUAUUUUUUUGCCUUUAAAGUUAUUUGAAAGAUCACGGGACUAAACUUCAGUACGAUUUUGUAAUUCUAAUUCGAAAUUAAUAUCAUCCCGAAAUUUUCCUCACGAAGAAACAUCACGAAUCCGUAUCUGAUUAGUGUUUAAGUGCUUGUCGGUCACAACAAUGAACAAUGUGCGUUUCGAAAAGAUAAUUUCUCUUGGAAAUUGAUUUCAAAGCAAUUUUUGGUGGAUUUUGUUUUUGCAAAUUUUGGUCCCGAAAAUAAUGCGAAAUCGUGUGAUCAUCAUCAUCGCGUCUAGGCAUAACAUUUUAACCUAAUUAACUGGAUAACGAAAAAUAAGACAAAAUCAGCAAAAUGCAAUCGAUUUGUUGGACAACUCGACUUUUGUCUAGGGCGUUGCGUAGUGGUUUUUCGACUUUAAUUGAACCAAAUUCAAAACAGAAGCCUCACUUUGUUUCGGUAGCAUGUGGCUUCCCGAAAGACUUUCUACGUUCCAAAUACAAAUUGGGAAAGUUCGGUGACGAUGCUUGGUUCACAACAGAAGUCAGUGGUGCGGAUGUUAUUGGUGUCGCAGAUGGCGUAGGUGGUUGGCGUAGCUAUGGCAUCGAUCCCGGAGAAUUUUCAUCAUUUCUAAUGAAAACAUGUGAACGUCUAGUCCAAAGUGCUAAUUUUUGUCCAAAACAACCAGUUACUUUAUUAGCGUACAGUUAUUGUGAAUUACUGGAACAGAAAAAACCAAUUUUAGGAAGCAGCACGGCCUGUGUACUAAUAUUAAAUCGUGAAAACAGUACAGUGUACACAGCCAACAUUGGCGACAGUGGUUUCAUGGUUGUGCGGAAGGGAGAAAUUGUGCAUCGUUCGGAAGAACAGCAGCACUACUUUAAUACACCAUUUCAGCUAUCGGUACCUCCACCGGGCCAUGGAGGUAACGUCCUCAGCGAUAGUCCUGAAUCAGCCGAUACACUUAGCUUUCCAGUGAAAGAUGGCGAUGUGAUCUUGGUGGCAACAGACGGAGUAUUCGAUAAUGUGCCGACCAAUUUAUUAUUAGACACUUUGAAAGAGUGCGAGGGUGAACGAGAUGCUGUAAAAUUGCAAAUGACAGCAAAUGCUAUUGCUUUAAUGGCCAGAUCGUUGUCGUUCGAUAGUGAAUUUAUGUCUCCGUUUUCGGUAAAUGCUCGAAGAAAUAACAUACAUGCUACUGGUGGAAAACCAGACGAUAUAACUGUGGUACUCGCAACCGUUGCAAUUUAGAAAAAAAAUUAAAUUACACCGCUAAGAAUUGAAAUAUGAAAAUUAAUUUGAAAUUAAGUACGUUUUGCAUAGAGAAACGAGGAAAAACAUUGGGGGGAGGGGGUUAAAAAAAUGAAAAAAAAUUAAUUUAAUCGAAGAUAUUUUGUACCAAUUGAAACAAUAACAUCCAAUGCAUACUCAUAUUAUGAAAAAAAUAUGAUUGCAUGUGGUGUAAUCGCUCAUAAUCAAUUUUUGAUUUAUUUAAGCGGCUUUAAAAAAAUCUGAUUUUUAGCUGUAAGCCAUUUUGCUUCAUUGGUUUACCGAAAUUUCUUCUUUCCGAAUCGAACCGAUUUUUUCGCGUGCUGUAUGGAUUGUGUUGUUUAAGAUUGGUAUUAUUGUUUGCUAGAAUUUCCUCACAACGAAAUCAUUUCGACAACAUAUAGAAUCACGUAUCACUGCUAAGUGUCAAUAAAAUCUGUUUAGACUGUUUACUUAGUUGCCAUAAUAGGACAAAAACAUUUCGCAACUCUGAAUUGGGUCCUUCAGAUGGGCAAUUGAUGGUAUAGUCAACGGUCAUACCAUUCUCAUUUUGUGCUAUUUAUUCUCAUCAAAUUGAUUCAUCCGAUCGAACCUUAUGUGUCGAUUUAUUACCAAAAAAUUUACAUGAUUAAGAGCAGAGAACGGUGUUGGUAUGCUGACUCGAUCUUACUCAUGUAAUUUUGUGAUUUUUAUAGUGAAAUAUUAUCGAAUUCAUUGAUUCGCCCGGGAAACUUGUGAAAAUUCCAUCUUCUAACAUUGAAAUGGUUUUUCAUUAUUGAACUGGGUAUGUGACUUCAAUUGUGACUCAAUUCAUCGAUGCUUAAUAUUCGUGUUAGUUCUGACUCUAAGCCAAUUUUUGUAAUUAUGAUAACAAAAUUCAUUUUAUUUUUCUCUCGGUUAUUAUAAGGGAAUUAGGUUAUUGAUUUAUCGCAUAGGCAAAAUUGCAUAAUAGUCGAUCAGUUGAAGAAUCCUCACGGCCUCAAGUAGGUAGUACUGUUUAUAGAAUGUAAAUUCCGUUGCAGAGCCUACGUUCGAACAGUCCAUUCACUGCAUUUAAAGAUAGUCUUUGGCGAAAUGUGUAACAAUUUCGGCAAGUAAAAACACAAAAAUUUC